GUGCCCAUCACGGUAUAUAGGAUCAAACAACUUGAUAGUGAAUACUUUAUAAAGAACAAAGAACAGUAAUGCACGGCCUAUCUUCUAGGUCUGACUGGGGAAAAGCCAUUGCCAAAGAGCCGUUGUGAAGCGGUCUAUCAUUUUCUCGAAAAUGGGCAUCUCAACUACCUUCAGACAUGUUCUCACAGAUGGUGGCGACGAUGCCAGCCAGAAGUCAGUGAAGAUCCCUGAGAAUUGGGAAGAGAAACCACUUGACGAUCCUGUUCGCACCUGUGUGCAGACAUAUCUUACUGUGAGCCGCAAUGGCCACUUCCCAUAUUCCUUGGAACCUCACCUGCCCACUACCAAUCCACCUCCUGUGUCUGUACCCACUCCAUCCGCCCAGGUUGCCACAGGAGGGCCAGCUCAGGCAUCAGUCUUAGGGGCUAAGUCAGGGAACAGGCAGGUCAUAGGAAAAGACGAAGAGAGAUCGCUUCACCGAGAUACUUUUGAUUAG